AUGUGCAAUGGAAAUAUAUUGUUUCAGAUUCCAAACACGGCUAACGAGUGGAAGCAAGUAGCACACUCAUUCAGUUUGCUGUGGCAAUUCCCCCAUUGCAUAGAUGCAGUUGAUGGUAAAAAGGUAACCUUCCGGGCACUGAGAGCAGCAGACGCCUACUUCAGAGACUACAAAGGCCACAACAGUAUUGUGCUCCUGGUGGUUGUUGAUGCCCAUUAUAGGUUCUUAUAUACAAACAUUGGUGCCAAUGGUAGAGUUAAUGAUGGAGCAAUUUUUAACCAAAGCAAACUAUCAGAGGCCUUAGAGAGCAACAACAUGAAUUUGCCGCCUCCUGAGAAAGUGGAGUGUUUCGAUGGGCCUGACCUGCCAUAUGUAUUUGUGGCAGACGAUGCCUUUGCUCUCAAACCAUAUAUGAUGAAACCCUAUCCAGAGAGAGAGUUGUCAAAAGAACAGAAGGUUUUUCAUUAUAGAUUAAGCAGAGCCCGGAAAGUAGUGGAGAAUGCUUUCGGCAUAAUUAAAACAAAUUUGGAGUUCUGCUAA